CUUCUGCAAACGGAAAUUUGUAGAGAGGCAAAAGAAGAGCCAAUAACCAACUUGAACCAUCAACUGCAGAUGCUAAAAGUCCUAGGUUGAAUGAAGUAUUUAGUGAAGUCUCUGGCAUUCCCUUUACCACUCUUACCAAUAGAUUAAUCAAAAAUAAUUGUAUGGAUUUAUCAAACGAUUCUGAUGGAAGUGUUUUGUUCUACCUGCCCACUGAAAAAGCUGAGGCCUUGAAAGAGAAAUAUCUAAAAAAUCCAAAGCUCAUUAAACUAGAUCAUGGGGCAAUAAAGGUUGUAAGAAGCCUAUUAAAGAAAAAAAAUCAAGUUGGUGAUUUAAAGACCACUCUGUUAUUCCUUGAACAAGCGUUUAAAAGUCCUAACAACUCUCAGAUCUUUAUGGUUUUUCACAAAGUACUAGAUAUUCAUAUGUCAGUUCCCGAGUUUUUCAACAAUAACGAAAUUGUCUAUUGCUCUGAACAAGACUUUAUAAUCAAGGCUUGGGGCCCUAUUCUCUCUGAAAUCUUCAAGCAAGCAAAGUUGACGCUUCGAUGGGGCGAUACCACCAUGGAAAACACAACUGCACCAUUUAAAGUUGAUUUGAGGGUGAUCUGUACGAUCAAUGGAGAUAGGUAUGAUGUCGGCUUUGUCGAAUUUGCAAAGAAUUUUACUGCUUCAAAAGCGCAAAAGGAUCGCGUGAAGUUAAUCUUGGAAGGAAAAGAGGCUUUAAAUACUGUAUUCAAGGUCAUUGGAAAAUACGUUCCUGAUAUCGAAUUUUAUACGCUACAGAUUGCUGGUCUGAAAGGACAUUUAAUUUCCACUACACUUCAAAGCAAUGGUCUUUAUACAGCCCAAAACAUCAACAAUCGAAUUAGAUUUCCUCUCACCAACAACGACAUCUUCGAUCAAACAAGCCACUUAAUGAAAGCUAUUAUCAAAUUCAAGGCACAAUGUUUGAAGAUAAAUGAUGUCUUGGAAAAGGCACUUGCUAUAAAAAACCAAGAAAGACUUUCUUUUGAAACUGUCCUUGAUAAAUCGGCAAAGAAAAAAUACCGAUCUCAACCUCUCCCACUCAGCGUCAUUAAAGUGCCUGGGUACUGCACUCCCCUUUGGCUUGAAGAAGGAUAUGAAGAUGAAUGAGCGCUCUUUGUUUCUCUUUUCAUAAAUAAAUUUAUGUACAUAAUGAUUA